AUGCCCACAGAGGGAGAGAAAUCUCCCGAGGCAGAGAAUAACAACAAUAAUAAUAAAAAAGGGAAAACUGGAGGCUCACAGGAUUCUCAGCCUUCACCUCUCGCUUUGCUAGCAGCCACUUGCAGCAAAAUAGGAACCCCUGGUGAGAAUCAAGGAACUGGACAGCAGCAGAUUAUUAUAGACCCAAAUCAAGGCUUGGUGCAGCUUCAGAAUCAACCACAGCAGUUGGAAUUGGUAACAACUCAGCUCGCAGGAAACGCUUGGCAGCUUGUUGCCGCUGCUCCUUCUGCUUCGAAAGAAAAUAAUGUUGCUCAACAAGGAUCUUCUGCUGCCUCAAGUGCAGCAAGUCCCGCCAGCAGUAAUAAUGGAAGUACAUCUCCUUCAAAAACCAAAUCAGGCAAUUCUUCUUCAACGACCUCUGGACAAUUCCAAGUCAUUCAAGUGCAAAAUCCAAGUGGUAGUGUCCAAUACCAAGUAAUCCCACAGAUUCAGACAACAGAAGGUCAACAACUUCAAAUCAGUCCAUCUAAUGCUACUGGUCUGCAAGACAUACAGGGUCAAAUUCAGCUUAUUCCUGCAGGGAAUAAUCAAGCUAUCCUCACAACUGCUAACAGGACAGCUUCGGGGAACGUUAUUGCUCAAAACCUAGCAAAUCAGACAGUUCCAGUCCAAAUUAGGCCUGGUGUGUCCAUACCACUGCAGCUGCAAACUAUUGCUGGCACUCAGGCACAAGUUGUAACAACGUUACCUAUCAACAUUGGUGGGGUAACCCUGGCACUGCCUGUGAUCAACAACGUUUCCACUGGAGGAAGUUCUGGGCAAGCUGGCCAGUCUACCGAGAGCGGAGUUUCCAAUGGAAAUCAACUAGCAUCUACACCUGUCACUUCUGCCUCUAGUAGCACAAUGCCAGAAUCUCCUUCCUCAUCUUCCACUGCUACAACCACUGCCACAACAUCUCUGACGAGCAGUGACACGCUGGUAAGCUCUGCAGAAACAGGCCAGUACACAAGCACAGGAGGCAGCACUUCAGAGCCCGCAGCGACUGAAGAAUCUCAGACGACUACUACAGACUCUGAAUCCCAGAGCUCUAGUCAGCUUCAGUCCAAUGGACUACAGAAUGUCCAGGAUCAGUCAAGUUCCCUGCAGCAGGUCCAAAUCGUAGGUCAGCCUAUUCUGCAGCAGAUACAGAUCCAGCAGCCUCAACAGCAGAUUAUUCAGGCCAUUCCUCCACAGUCGUUUCAGCUGCAGUCAGGGCAGACUAUACAGACCAUCCAGCAGCAGCCUUUGCAGAACGUUCAACUGCAGGCAGUGAGUCCAACUCAGGUGCUCAUCAGGGCUCCAACUUUAACACCAUCAGGACAGAUCAGCUGGCAAACUGUGCAGGUUCAGAAUCUGCAAAGCCUUUCAAAUCUUCAAGUUCAAAACACUGGGUUACCCCAGCAGCUCACCAUUACCCCCGUGUCUUCAAGUGGUGGCACAACCAUUGCCCAGAUUGCUCCAGUGGCUGUUGCUGGUACCCCCAUCACUCUGAACGCUGCCCAGCUUGCUUCAGUACCUAAUCUCCAAACCGUAAGUGUUGCCAACCUGAGUGCUGCAGGUGUGCAAGUUCAAGGAGUUCCUGUUACCAUUACCAGCGUUGCGGGUCAACAGCAAGGACAGGAUGGAGUAAAGGUACAGCAAGCCACAAUAGCUCCUGUUACCGUAGCAGUAGGUGGCAUUGCUAAUGCAGCAAUUGGUGCUGUUAGUCCCGAUCAGAUAACACAAGUGCAGCUGCAACAAGCUCAGCAAGCUUCUGACCAGGAAGUGCAGCCUGGCAAGAGACUGAGAAGAGUUGCCUGCUCAUGUCCUAAUUGCAGAGAGGGAGAAGGAAGAGGUACCAAUGAGCCAGGAAAAAAGAAACAGCAUAUCUGCCAUAUUGAAGGAUGUGGAAAAGUUUAUGGCAAGACAUCUCACCUUCGAGCACAUCUGCGCUGGCAUACCGGUGAAAGACCAUUUGUAUGCAACUGGAUUUUUUGUGGCAAACGAUUUACACGGAGUGAUGAGUUACAAAGACACAGAAGAACCCACACAGGUGAAAAGAGAUUUGAGUGCCCAGAGUGUUCUAAAAGGUUUAUGCGAAGUGACCAUCUCUCGAAACACGUCAAAACUCAUCAGAACAAGAAGGGUGGUGGAACAGCCCUUGCUAUUGUUACCUCAGGAGAACUGGACUCUUCAGUUACUGAGGUUCUUGGUUCUCCGAGAAUUGUCACUGUUGCUGCCAUUUCUCAAGAUUCAAACCCAGCAACCCCUAACGUUUCAACAAACAUGGAAGAAUUCUGA